AUGCGCGAGCGACUGGAUGACAACCAUAGUGCCCUAAAUAUGCCACCGGUCGACGCUACCCCACAAUGGGAAUUCGAUUUACAAGAGGACGAGGAGAGGCACGAAGCUGCACAACAACUAAUGUCAACAUCUAAGGAUGGAAAGACCGUGGAAGAUCGAGUGGUGAGAAGAGAAGAUCGCGAAGCAUACCUAAGAAUCCUUAGGCUUCAAGGCCCAAGUAAAGCUUGGACCAACGAAGAUCAGGAACGGAGAAAGAGAAUGAUGCAGGCCAAUCUCACGAAAUUGAAGGAAUGGACGGCGAGCGGCCGUAUCAUUUGUCUGAAGAUGGAAGUCUCAACUUUCUAG